UGUAGGCCACUUCGUAAGUACCGCAUGCCGGUUCGAGCAGCUUCAGGAGUGGGUGGCAGUGACAGUGACACCGCCCCUGAAUGGUUUUGAAAAGAGUUUCCUCUUUUACCUCAACCACAUGCUGAUGCUACACGACAGCAGCGCUGCACACCCCUCACGCCCCGCUGUGCAUUAGAACCCUCUACAUCCCUGCCGGGUUCAACAGCUGCUUCACGGGCACCAGAGCAGGAACUCGUGAUCUAUCUGAUAUGAACACUGCCUACUUGGAGAAAAGGGCCGGACCACUUUAAGAUUUCACAUGGACGACAAUACGAAUGGUUUGCUGUACAAAUCAGGAGUCCUGGUCGAUUUGGUCUCAAAUAUUCCCAAAAUCGGCGUGUGAAGGCGUGUCCGGGAUCACUGUUACUACUACGGCAUGAGGGAUGGGCCAAACGCGCUCGGGUCUGUCUCGCAGCACCGCCGCCCCGGGCAGAGCCGAGUGGAGAGCGGGCGACACAGCCCGGCGACUCCGCAUCCGCAGAUUCAGAAGCGGGGAGAAGCGACGAGGCGACCAGUUGAACCGGAACCCGAUGAAAAGUAAGGUGCUGUCGUGUCUGGGACGGAGAAAGCGGGACUCCAGCCAAACAGAAGCAGAUUUCGGCUGCGGAAGCGGCGCUCCAGCGAGGCGCCGCGACCACAGAGUAGGGAAGUUGCCGAGGGACGAGGCUGUGUCGGCGGGUGCGGAGCCCCGAGCAGCCCCGCGUCGUUUCGAGACGCCAUCCGGCCCAGAUGAAGACACCGAAACCGCCCGGCACGUCGUGACCGGAGAGGCAACGGCGGGCUCCUCCGAUGCGUCUGGGCCGGACCAGCGGGCCGGUGAAGACAGCGGCGCGGGCGGCGAGGUUCCGAAGACCGCGCGGGAGGACAAUGCCUCGGGUCCCCCGGCGAGGGCCAUGGAAGAUCCGCCACUGGGGGGAAACGGCCGGGGUCGUCUCGUGUCCGAGGCUAAGGUGUCGAGUCUGACCGCAGCCCCGCCGCUCACCUCCGACCCAGACACCGAGCGGACUUUGUCGAGCUUUCCCUCGGACCGGCCCCUGGGCAGCGGACUGCCGGAACCGGACGAGCGCACGGAGACUAGCGCGACCAAAACGGAGCGCGGCGGAGCUCCGUGUCCGCCCGAGGCGACCGCGGACCAGAAGAACGGCUGCGUGGUGGACAGUGAGCCCGAGCGGGGCCCCUGCAGCCCCCCAGCAGGCCGCCGGUUCGCAGGAACCAUACCGAAACUCAUCAUCACCCGCGACCCGAGCCCGGCCCGCUCGCAGUGGACCGCCUCCGCGGAGCUCAGCUCCAGCCUCGACCCUCACGCCGAGGACGAGUCUCCCUGCUCGGACAGCGGCUGCGGAGGGUCUCCGGCCCUGAUGCGCUCCCCGAGGAAGCUGUCCAACUGCUCGUCCGUCGGCCUGUCCUCGGCCUCGUCCUUCGACGAGUCGGAGGACGACUUCACCGGCAGCGACCUCGAGUCCAGUCUGUCUCCGGCCCGCUCCCUGUGUAGCCCGGACGACGGGACAGGGAAUAGGUCGUGGCAGAAGUUGAAGACCAUGGUCCACUGUUCCCCCUUCGUCGUGUCCUUCAAGAAGCGUUACCCGUGGGUGCAGCUAGCUGGCCAUGCAGGUAACUUCCAAGCUGGGGAGUACGGACGCUUGUUGAAGCGAUUCUGUGAGUGUGAGCAGCAGUGCCUACAGAAGCUGAUGAAGGACACUCUGCGCCCCCAUGUGCCUGGUUAUUACGGUGUUGUACAGAGAGACGAGGAGGACUAUAACCUGAUGGAUGACCUGCUGGCUGACUUUGACUCACCCUCCAUCAUGGACUGUAAGAUGGGCAGCAGGACAUACUUGGAGGAGGAGCUGCUAAAAGCCAGAGAGCGUCCUCGUUUGCGGAAGGACAUGUAUGAGAAGAUGGUUGCAGUGGAGCCCGGGGCCCCCACAGAGCAGGAGAGGGCCCAGCAGGGUGUCCUCAAACCCAGAUACAUGCAGUGGAGGGAGACGCUCAGCUCUACAGCCACUAUGGGCUUCCGCAUCGAAGGCAUUAAGAAAGCCGACGGAACUUGUAACACCAAUUUUAAGAAGACGAAGCACAGGGAGCAGGUGAUGCAGGCCUUGAAGGACUUUGUUGAUGGCAAUACUCAGAUUCUGAAAAUCUACCUGCAGCAGUUGGUGGACCUCUGCUCAGUCCUUGAGCAGUCACACUUCUUCAGGACACACGAGGUUGUGGGCAGCUCUCUGCUGUUUGUGCACGACGCCUCUGGGAAGGCCAGAGUGUGGAUGAUCGACUUCGGGAAGACUGUUCCGCUGACAGAACCUCAGACCCUGGACCACAGAACUCCCUGGGUAGAGGGCAACAGGGAGGACGGCUACCUGUGGGGAUUGGACAACCUCAUAGACAUUUUCAGCAGUAUGCUCCCUCAGACACCUUGAGAGGGAGUCUCAGAAGACUGUAAUGAGAGAGUGGUCCGUGUCCAGAUGGUGAAAGAGAUACAAGAUCAGGGGAAUGAAAAUGAAAGACUGACAGAGGAAUGAUUAGAUGAGUCUGAUUGUUUUUUUCUCCGAGACCCACACCAUGAUCAAGGUGUCUUUAUCCACUUGUACCUGUUUAAGAAGAGGAGGCAAAGCAAGCACAGGAGUUCUAUUGCAGAGUGGCUGAUGCCAAAGGCCGAUAUUGUGCACUAUGCUCCAUUUGUGGAACUUAGAGACAGAUGACCUGCGAUCAGUUGGUAGGUAAGGUAGUGAUAAGAGAAAGAGGGAGAAUUGAAUGCAGACUUUGUCUCUGUGACUGUGAGAAUACUGUCGUCUGAAUUCAUGGACCUCUGACAGUCACUAUUUCCUGCAAUGACACAUUUAACAUUAAUGUCUCCCCCUCACCAGCUCCCUCUGCUGGUUCGAGUUACUCAGAGCACUCUGACAGCAAUGAAUUUGAUCAUGGUGUAAAUCUUUUCCUCUUUUUUUACCUUUUUUACGCAGCUUUGGAGGAGUUUGGUACAGGGAGUUUUACUAUUGUUAUGAUGUUUAACUAUACAGCAACACUAAAACACUGGUCAGACCAUGUGUUAAAUAACGCGGUGUGUAAAUACAAUAUUAUUUAAAAAGAAAAAUUGCCUUUUGUAUAACCUCCUUACCUUGUUUGUACAAUUCUUGUGCCUAGAAUUUUCAAAGAAAGAGCUGUUUGAUCAUUCCAGUGCAGUGGACUCCUGCUGUUUUUCUUCCAAAGAGUUCACCCAAGUAUAAACUGAUUUAACAUCUAUUUCCAUGGUUUAGCUUCUAAUACAAACUCAAAGUAUUGAAUUUUUGUAUGAUUAUGCAGUGAAAGCUUUUUUUUUUAGCAAGUGCACAUUAAUCAGCUUGGCAUGUUUAUGUGGAAUUUGUUGCACUAAGGAUCCUCACAAAGCCAUUGAACAAAUCAAGCAGUGCCUCUCUGUGUCUUAAAAUGGGAAGCAGCAGUCAAGUACUGGGUUUACAGCCGCACACAUUCAUCCGUUUAACGUGGAUUUAAUUUGGUGUUAUCUCUCGAUUCUCUCCGGACAGUGUUGCUUUAGAUUUGCAGGGAGUUUUACAGUAAAGCAGGGAGUGUUGAGGGUGAAAUGAAACUGGAAUUACCUGAUUAAACUGAUCAGUCCAUUCAGACUUUUCAUGAGAUUUCACUCGCGUACCGACUGGUACGUUAUCGUGAAACUUGGGAAAUUUGAGCGUCUAAUGGUUCAAAGAAUGAUCUAUGGUUGAAUACAAGAAUAUCAGCUUUAAACACGAGGAUGGUCUAAACCUUAUUUUGCUAAACUCAACAGGUUUGAAUUUUGUACACAAGACAAAGAGUUUACAGCAUGUUAUACUUACUGCAGUUCUUAUGAUCAUAUGAUUCCCUGACUGGAAUGCAGCAGGUCGUAGAACAUAACAGCCUUCAGUCUUCCAGAUGUCCUUCCGCUGUCAGGCAGCACUGUUUAAGUGUGUGUGCGUGUGCGCAUGUGUGCACAUGUCUGCGGUUGACUUGGCACACAAAUUGUCUACAUGAGUGCAACAAACGUUUGACUUCAUGAAAUUGGAAUUUAAAUUCAGGAAACAAGUUUUUCCAUCUCUGUAUAAUAUACAUACAGGGAGAGAGGAGGAGCAAUGUUUACAAAGUAUUAUUUUUCUUUACCCAAAAAUCCUAUAUAUUUGUAAAAUGGCAACCCGUUGACUUUUCAGACUGGGUGCUGCUUUAUUAGUAAGAAAACUGGACUCAUAGCCACAUUUUGUAUCAUUGAAGGCAGCGCAUUUUAAAGUUGUAAAACACAGGCUGGUGAAAAUUGUUAAUAAAUCCCUGCUUUGUCCAGAAGGUCGUGGAUUGCAAUAAACUGGAAAUGAUUUUCA